GCUCUGCUUUGCUUUGCUUUCUCCAUGAAUGCACGCAUUUCUUCUUUCUUCAUCUUCUUCUUAUUCUCACUGCCGUUGAGUAUUGGACGCAUUUAUGCUUGAACGGUUACUCAUGCUUUCCCAGUUCACGUUUUCCAUUUGAUCUUCAAUUUGCUUUCAUCCCCACUUCCCCUUUUAUUACCCAUCAUCGAUGCGACAUUUUCUUACACUCUCCAGAAUCUUCACUUCGAUUCAAACACAGAUUAGUCUUUCUUAGCAGGAAAAGACAGUAUUUUUAUCGAUCUCCAUGAAUUCGAGAAGGAUUUGACUGAUCUGUUCAAGAAAUGGGUGAUAUCAGCAGAAGAGAAGAUGAGAUGAUCUCUCCUUCUUGUUUCGGUAUGUUAUUUAGGCGUUGCAGAGAUGUUAAGAAACUUUCCAACAAUGUUAAUAAGUUUAAGAAUCUCUCGUCCAUUCCCAAUCGGGUAUGCUCUAAUGGAAAGAGCAAAUCUUCUUCCGUUUUUACUCAACAAGGUCGGAAGGGAGUUAAUCAGGAUGCCAUGAUUGUUUGGGAGGAUUUUAUGUCUGAAGACACUAUAUUUUGCGGCGUGUUUGAUGGGCACGGUCCAUAUGGGCAUCUUGUUGCGAGGAGAGUGAGGGAUAAAUUGCCAUUGAAGCUGAUGUCUUUGUUGAGGACUCGUGGAUCAGUGCAGAAUGGGCAUUUAGCUACUUGUUGCAAUGCUAAGGAUGUUGUUGAUCCAGAUGAUAGUAAUGUGGAAUCGUCUUCGAUUUGGGGAGAAGCGUUUCUUAAAGCUUACAAAUCAAUGGAUAAAGAGUUGAGAACACAUCCUAAUUUGGAUUGUUUUUGCAGUGGUAGCACUGCCAUCACCAUUCUGAAACAGGGUUUAAAUCUUUACAUUGGAUAUAUAGGGGAUUCGCGAGCAAUCCUCGGUUCCAGAGAUAUAGACGGUUCAAUCUCUGCGUUUCAGUUGUCUGUUGAUCUAAAGCCUAACUUGCCAAGAGAAGCAGAAAGGAUUAAGCAAUGUAAAGGAAGGGUGUUUGCUAUGGAAGACGAGCCGGAAGUGACUCGGGUUUGGCUCCCAUUUGACGACGCCCCUGGUUUGGCUAUGGCCAGGGCGUUCGGUGAUUUCUGUCUUAAGGACUAUGGUGUCAUUUCCACUCCUGAAUUUUAUCACAGGGUUCUUAAUGAACAAGAUGAAUUCGUGGUUCUUGCAUCUGAUGGGGUAUGGGAUGUACUAAGCAAUGAAGAAGUAGCGAACAUAGUAGCGUCGGUUCCAAACAGGUCCAGUGCUGCUAAGACGGUUGUUGAGUCUGCUGCUCGUGAAUGGAAAACCAAAUACCCGACAUCGAAAAUGGAUGAUUGUGCAGUUGUUUGUUUGUUUUUGGAUGGAAAAAUGGAUUCUAAUGAGUGUGAUGAUCAAAUUGCGAAAGGUUCAGAUGAGUCUGAGGAUGAAGAUGAGAAUGAGGAACAGAGUAGGUCCAUGCCGUCUCUUCAAAGAAAUUGUACUGUUAGAUGCUCCGAAGAAAAUGAUCCUUACAAAGAAGUGACCGAAAGAGCUGCUGAAGACAAGAACUGGUCGGGUCUGGAAGGCGUUACUCGAGUGAAUUCCCUUGUCCAGCUUCCUAGGUUCUCAGAUGAACAACCAAGAACAUAGUUUUAAGUUUCAUGAUGAUAUUCUCUUUUGUUUUUGCUUCCAAGAGAUCAAAUAUGGAAUGCUUUUAAUUGUUGUUUUGUCUUA